CGUCUCUCGUCCAUCCCCUCAUCGCCAAACACGCCGCAUUCCCGUUUGGCUGCCAAUCUUCGCUUGCCCGGCCUGCCCUCACCAAUCUCAUCCGCGAAUGAUCCGGUCUCUCAAGUCCUCGCUUGGGCGGCUGCAGCUUUCAGUGGCCCACAUCGUCGACGGGCUUGACCGCCAGAGCCUCCCUACCAGCAACCCCGACCAGUCGUAUGUCAUUCACAUUCAUACCACCAACGUGCUGCAGUUCUUCGAGACCCGCGAUCCGCAUCCCUUCCAGCCCCGACAACUCUGCGCCGGGGCAGAGGCCCACAUCACCCGCGAGAUCGAAGAGGCCGAUUCGCGCGGGCUUCUGUCCAGCAGCAGCAGCAUCAGCCUCAGCGUCUCCUUCUCCGAGCCGCCCUCCGACCCAGCCUAUCUGCAGCGCAUCACCAACGGCGACCUCAAGGCCAUCUCGCUCGAGCAGUGGCAGGAUCCCGACUUUCGCUCCGAGCUCAUCGAAAAGUGCCAGUCUGACCUCCAGGCGGCCAUUGUUGCCCACUACGCCUUCAUCCUGCGCGGCCUGGAGCUCGAGAUCACCGGCAACACCCAGAGGAACUUUUUGUCGCUCGGAUUCGGCUUCACCAUCCUGCUGGUCUCGGUCGUCCUGUCCUCCUUCAUUGAGCACUACCGGCAGCUCCACACGGCCGCGGCCUCUGCAGCCUCUACCCAGGACGGCCCAGAAGCACACAGCAACUGGACCGUCCUCGUCAACCACGGCGGCUGGGCCUCCAUCUUGGAAAUCAUCGGCUGGGUUGCGCUAUGGAGGCCGCUCGAGAACUUUUUCUUCUCGGCGAACCCGCUAUGGGAGCGCAAGGCCUUGCUGACCAAGAUGUCCCUGGCCAACGUGCGGGUCAUCUACGAUCCGUAUGCAGGCCCCUACGCCAAGACGGUCUAGGGUCCGUCGUAGUGUGCAUUCUGCCCUUCCCUGCCCUGCUCUGUUCUGCUCUG